AUGCCUAGGGGAAGUACCUCCGAUGAACCCCUGGAUGGGCCUGAUGUCACCGCUGCCUUUUCGAAGGCUAUUGCUCAUACGCUCGCUGCAUCGGAUUCGGUCGAUUCGCUUGGCUCGUUGGAGGAUGAGAUGAAGGCUGCUGAAUUGCGGAGGCUUUCGAGCAAGUGUCCAGCGGACUUGGAGCACGACAUCGCUGAAUUUCUCGCACGCUCCGCGACGGAAAGUUCGAGUUUGGCAAGGAGGUUCCGACGAAAUUGCCAAGCGCUCGAGAAGGCUCAUUCGAAAUGGGGAGAUCGAUUCGGCAAAGUGCAGGACGAUAGAAAAAGGGUCGCGGAGAGGUAUAAUACGGAGAAAGAUGAGAACGAGAAGGGUCUACCCUGGCUCAAGAUACCAGACCUGCCCAAACGUGUUACCCGAGAUGUUGAUGGUGUGACUAGGAAGUAUGCUAAGGCCCCGCAUUUGAGCAAGCUGCUGAAGACGCAGUAUGUGGCUGAGGCUAUGAAGGAGUUCAUUCAACCGGCCCGCCGAGCUCGAGAGUUGAGGAGAGCCUCGGCGGAGCGGUGCCUGGAGGAAAUGGACGGAGACGGCGGCUGGUCGAAGACACCGCCGGCUACCACUCGCGAUGCUUGCCCGUUCCGAUGGGAUGAGGCUACCGAGAAGAGGUUUAUCAGGUCAAACUUGCCAUAG